CCCGGAUCCCAAAUGGGGGCUACGAGGCCGCGCGCGCUGCUCCUGCUGCUGGCGGCCGCCCUGGCUCCGACCCAGACCCGUGCGGGCUCACACUCGCUACGGUAUUUCUUCACCGCCGUGUACCGGCCCGGCUUCGGGAAGCCCCGGUACAUGGAAGUCGGCUACGUGGACGACACGGAGUUCGUGCGCUUUGACAGCGACGCGGAGAAUCCGAGUUACGAGCCGCGCGCGCCGUGGGUAGACCAGGAAGGGCCGGAGUAUUGGGAGCAGCAGACACAGAUCGCCAAGAACACACAGCAGUGGUUCCGAGAUAGCCUGAGGACGCUGCUCGGCUACUACAAUCAGAGCGAGGGCGGCUCUCACUCCUUCCAGUGGAUGCAAGGCUGUGACAUGGGGUCGGAUGGGAGCCUCCUCCGCGGGUAUGAGCAGUACGCCUACGACGGCCGCGAUUACAUCGCCCUGAAUGAAGACUUGAAAACGUGGACAGCGGCGGACAUGGCGGCGCAGAUAACACGACGCAAGUGCGAGCAGAAUGGUGAUGCAGAGAGACAAAGGGCCUACCUGGAGGGCGAGUGCGUGGAGUCGCUCCGCACACUCCUGGAGCUCGGGAAGGAGACGCUGCUGCGCACAGAUCCCCCAAAGGCACAUGUGACCCAUCAUCCCAGAUCUGAAGGUGAUGUCACCCUGAGGUGCUGGGCCCUGGGCUUCUACCCUGCUGACAUCACCCUGACCUGGCAGUUGAAUGGGGAGGACCUGACCCAGGACAUGGAGCUUGUGGAGACCAGGCCUUCAGGGGAUGGAACCUUCCAGAAGUGGGCAUCUGUGGUGGUGCCUCUUGGGAAGGAGCAGAAUUACACAUGCCAUGUGCAACAUGAGGGGCUGCCUGAGCCCCUUACCCUGAGAUGGGAGCCUCCUCCAUCCACUGACUCUAACAUGGUGAUCAUUGCUGUUCUGGUUGUCAUUGGAGCUGUGGCCAUCAUUGGAGCUGUGGUGGCUUUUGUGAUGAAGAGGAGAAAAAACAGAGCUUUUCUUCUCACAGGUGGAAAAGGAGGAGACUAUGCUCCAGCUCCAGGUUACUCCCAGAACUCUGAUAUGUCUCUCCCAGAUUGUAAAGUGAUGGUUCAUGACUCUCAUUCUCUAGCAUGAAGACAGCAGCCUGGAGUGGACUAUGUGACAGACAGUGUGUUCAGGUCUCUCCUGUGACGUCCAGAGCCCU